GAUGAGAUAAUUAUAAAAAAAAUGUUGCAUAAUAAUACAAUUUCUCAUAAAUAAUUUGGACACAAAAAGGAAAAGAAAAAAAAAUCCAAAAAUGUAUCAAAUGAGAUGCCUUUUAAUAUUCUCCUGAAGCAAGAGAAAACAUGCAAGCAAUUUAUAACGCUAUUGAGUUCCCAUGUAUGUGUGCGAACGAUAAAGAAAAGGAAGAGAAAAAAAAAAGAAAAGGAAACUUGCAAACAAGGGAAAGUUUCCAGAUUCGGAUCAUGAUCGAAACGGUUUUCACGAGCCAGACUAUCAUGGGACUAAUCUCCGACACAAAAGCCUUCGAAUCCAUCACCGACGACUAUUUCAAGAUCCUAGAUCUAGACGGAGACGGAACGUUAUCGCCGUCGGAGCUCCGGAAAGGUCUAAACCGCGUGGUGGCGGUGGAAUCGGAAGUGGCGUCGGGAGAAGAGACCGAUAGCGUUUACGAGGCGAUUGUCGAGAGGUUCGGCGAGAAUCUGGCUCCGGGAAAAUUCAAGGAUUUGAUUUCUGAGAUACUGACGGCGAUGGCGAGGGCGUUCGGAAACACGCCGGUGAUAAUGGUGGUGCAUAACGAUGGGUUGAUUAUGAAAGCUGUUCGUCAUGAAUCGGAAAAAGCCAUGUGAGGGUUUUGAUUUUACUAAUAAUAAUUCUGCAUUUCUGAUGGAUUCUUGAAUUUGCUUAUAAUUUGAAUUUCUGUUCAGUUGUUUUAUAAUUUGAAUUCGAUGUUAAUGUUCUUUGUAUCUAAUCAAAACAAUCAUGGUAUCUCUGUCUCAAUCUUUUUGUUUUAUGUUGUAUCCCAUGUUAUUGGAUCCAUCUCAAAAAUGAAACAUUAUUUUCUUA